CAAGGUCAUGCCUAAUCAUUUGACAAGACAGAGACGCAGAAAACGCCUGAUUGAUCAAGCAAGCAAACUAGAAGAAGAAAAAAGCUCCUACUGAAUCAUUACAAAUGGAAGUCAACAACCAGAACGCCGAAAUCUCGGCUACAGAGGCUUCGAGACGGGAAGAAAGAGGUCAAGCAGAUGUGUUAUUACAAAGGUUUCUCGGAGAACUAAAAAUCGGGAAAGAGGCACAGAAAGUCACAGCUGAAGAUGAUAAGAACCAAGCCAAGAAAAAAACGCUAGCCAUGAUAAUUUCUGAAGCUCAAAUUAAGCAGAGAGCUGCCAGAAAUAAGCGGGAGGAAGAAAAUGCGGAAACUACUGAGCGGUACAAAAUCCCCAGCCUUUCCAACAAGCCAACUCUGAACAUAUCCGUUUCCCCGGCACCACCUAAGAAAAACUACGGAUCUGAACUAUUUCAGGUAGCCACGCCGUCUCCUGGUUCAUCAUCCAAUCGAAGCAUCUUGAAAAAAUCUGAAACAACUGAACUCAAUACUGAUGCAGUACCUACAAAACUUCGUCAGCAGCAUCGGCACAACAAUUUGAGAUUAAUAAUUAGGGAUGGAGAUGAUUAUGUUAGGCCCGUCAGAGAAGAUUGCGAGAACCCAUACGUGGUAAUAGAACAAGUCGACUCUAUCUAUGCUAUAGAAGACGGAGACACUGAAGAGUAUGUUCAAAAAACGGCUGAGAUUGAAGGGAAAAUCAGAGAGAUGAAUGUUGGAACAGAGUCUGAGGCUACGGCUUUGAAAAAGGGUAUUAAAGAUCUUGAGAGAGUCAUGACGAACACGGCAAGACUGAUUGGCGAAAAGAGGGCAAGAUUACUUGAGAUAAAGUCAGAAAGAAAGAAGGCUGAAGCUUCUUUGGGCAAGAAAUAA